AACUUUUAAUGAUUCCUAAUUUACAAUUUUUUUCAUAAAACAAGAAACUGAAAACCGGCACUAAAAACAACACACUAGACAUAAGAUGCUAAAACAACUUUCUUUUUUUGCUUUCUCAAUUAGAACUCAAUGCUAUUAUUCUCCUCUCUUUCUUACAUAAAACUACUUGUAAUUAUUCACUGACCUGAGCUUCCCAAGUGUGUGUUCUUCAUUUUGUACAACUACUACUCUGAUGUCUGCACUUCAAGAACAUGAUUACAUAGGUUUAUCAGAACUGGAUGCAGCUUCUGAUAAGCUUUCUUCAUCUGAUGUUUCAACUGAAAAUGAGAAGAACAAGCUUAAAGAGACUGAGUUGAGGCUUGGGUUACCUGGGCUUGGUUUGUCUCUGUUUGGGAAAGAUUUGGAAGAAAGUGAGAAAAGUGUGGGUGGGUUUUGUGCUAGCCCUUUCAAGAACUUUGCCUCUUCUGGGGCUAAAAGGGGCUUUUCUGAUGCUAUUGAUGGGUCUAGCAAUUGGGGUCUUUCUGUUAAGGUUGGAUCUGAGGUUGAUUUGAGCAGAGGUGGUGUUGAUGGGGUUCUUGAGAAAAAUGGUGCCCAGAAAUUAGGUUUUACUGGUGCUAAUUUUAGUCCUUCUUUGAAGGUUGUUGAAGAAAAGAAGGUUUCAGUUCCAGCUCCUAAGGCACAGGUGGUUGGAUGGCCACCCAUUCGGUCAUUUCGGAAAAACACCAUUGCUACCAAUCUGACAAAAAAGACUGAGGUUGUUGAACCAAGUUCAGGUUCAGGAUGCCUCUAUGUCAAAGUUAGCAUGGAUGGUGCUCCAUAUCUAAGAAAGGUCGAUCUUAAAACUUACUGCAAUUAUACUGAACUUUCAUCAGCUCUUGAGAAGAUGUUCAGCUGCUUUACCAUUGGAAAAUGCACCUCUAAUGGACUUCCAGAGCGCGAGGGUCUUAGUGCAAGUCGCCUAAAGGAUCUUGUCCAUGGUUCGGAAUACGUGUUGUCAUACGAAGACAAGGAUGGCGAUUGGAUGCUUGUCGGUGAUGUUCCUUGGGACAUGUUCACGGAUUCGUGCAAGAGAUUGAGAAUCAUGAAAGGAUCAGAGGCGAUUGGCCUAGCUCCAAGGACCAUGGAUAAGUGCGAAAACCACCGGCAGUAGUGUGGUGCCUGCUGAAGCCAAAAAAGAAAAAGAAAAGGAGAGGCGUCAAGAAUAUUGUAUGUCUUUCAUUAUAGGAGUAUGUUUAUUGGUAUUCAAGUUUGUAGCAGUGUUCAUUAAUGGCUGCCUUCAUCGUGGCCAUGAAACACAUAAUUUAAGACCUCCACUGUUUGCAAAUUUAUUUUCUAUGUAAUCAAGGUAAUAUGUAAUGGAACUUCGCUGAUUGAAUA